ACUAUCAAUACCUCUGGUCUCUCUAUCAAUCUCCUCAAAAUAACUGACAAAUUUGCCUGGGCAAUUUAUUCCUUGCACAGUGUUUACAAUAAUAUUCAUCAUCCAAGCAAGUUGGGUCACGGAGCAGACAUCUAUUGUUUUAAACAUAAAAUAGAGCCAAAAUGGGAGGACCCUGUUUGUGCCAAUGGAGGGAAGUGGACUAUAACCUUUUUUAAUAGAGGGAAAUCUGACACUUUUUUUAAUAGAGGGAAAUCUAACAUUGGCACAAAAUGGGAGGACCCUGUUUGUGCCAAUGUUUCAGACAAUCUUUGUAAGUUAACACUGAAUCAAAAAUUCUUUGUGGCAUCUAAUUUUCUGAGUCAUGGGGAUGAAAUUUGUGGAGCAGUUGUCAAUGUCAGAGCUAGGCAGGAAAAAAUAAGCGUGUGGACCAAGAAUGCUACAAAUGAAGCUGCACAGAUGAGCAUUGGGAAACAGUGGAAGGAGUUUCUCGACUACAAUGAGACGAUAGGAUUUAUAUUCCAUGAUGAUGCAAAGAAACUUGACAAAGCUGCCAAGAAUCGGUACACAGUAUGAUUGAUGUGUAUGCCAAGAGGAUGCAAGAUGUUUUCUGGUUGCUGCCUCAUCCUAGAUACCAUUCUAGGGCUUGGUCUGAUGAGUUGUCCCUGCUUUGGACUAUUUUCCAUUUUGUGAAAGAAAUUUACAAUGAUAAGCUGAAUUAGACUUCCUUAA